ACAUACGACAUUCGGGACAGACGAAACACGUCGCCAUAUUGAAUUGUGGAAAGUUUACGGUUAGAGAAAGUGAAAUCCCCGAGUUUAUCUACGGUAACAGCUGGGACCUGUCCACAUACCUGUCAGGUACAAGUUGACAGAGGUGCGCGCGCAUUGGGUAUUCAGCGCCACGUUCAAUGCGUUGAACCAAUCAGAGAGAGGGUGGCCAGUAAAGUUGAGUCUCGGCACAUGGUCUAGAAGUAUAACAAAACAUUUGGUGGUGGUCUUGCCUCGAGUUCUAGUCAGUUAGCAAGACGCAAGGGACAUGGCCCCAUACCUUGUAGCGUUGUUUUGCGCCUCAGCCGGGAAGAAUGGAGAGGAACUCGGUUCGGAUGAGGAACAGAUUGUGUUAUUCGUCUACCUGUUAUUUGAUGUCACCAAUAACAAGGUGAUUGCAGUUCAACAUCACUACGUGAAACCUCAGCCGAACGAACUGUCGGAAACUUUGCUGACUGAGGACUGUAAGACAGAAACUGGAAUAGAUGAAAACGCUGUUAAAAACGGACAGUCACUGGACCAUGUAUUGGAGGAGUUUGACCGGUUCCUGUGUGCUAAAGGUGCCCACCCUGACCACGGGUCAAGAACAUUUUGCUUUGUGACAGAUGGUCAGAACCAUCUACGUCAGUUGCUGCACCCAGAGGCAUGCACCAAGAACCUCUCCCUCCAAUCAUACUAUGGCUCAUUCUACGAUCUCAGGAGGGAGUUCAAGAGAUUCUACAAAACGGACACUAUUAAGAAUAUCAAAGAAAUGUUGGAAUACCUCGGUCUCCAAGAGGACCAGUCCGUGGAGUAUGGUGUCAGACAGUGCCAGGAAAUGGCCAGCAUCCUACACAGACUCAUUAACGAUGGUCACGUGCUAGUGGAGCCAGAAAUUAUCAGUGAGCGUCUGGAACCGGGGAUAUGCAGCAAGACCGACAUCGUCGACGACAAUACGGUUGUCAGGGCACGUGGGUUGCCAUGGCAGUCGUCAGACCAGGAUAUCGCACGUUUCUUCAAGGGCUUGAAUAUAGCAAAGGGAGGUGUGGCGCUGUGCUUGAGCCCUCAGGGACGACGGAAUGGUGAAGCCCUCGUGAGGUUUGAUGGGGAAGUUCACCGUGAUUUAGCGCUCAAGCGUCACAAACAUCACAUAGGGCAGCGUUACAUCGAGGUGUACAAGGCUACUGGCAAAGACUUCGUCAACGUGGCAGGAGGGAGUAAUUCAGAGGCACAAGCUUUUCUUUCACGGGGAGGACAAGUCAUCAUACGCAUGCGCGGACUUCCGUUCACGGCGACUUCUCAACAAGUGCUGGAGUUCUUCGCGAGAGAGCCGAAUCCAUGUCAAGUUUUGGACGGAGAGGACGGCAUCCUGUUCGUCCACUACCCUGACGGGCGCUCUACCGGAGAUGCCUUUGUUCUGUUUACGUCCGAGGACGAGUCUAACAAAGCCCUGAAGAAGCACCGAGAGAUCAUGGGCACUCGAUACAUCGAGCUGUUUAAGAGCACAACAGCGGAAGUCCAGCAGGUUCUCAAUAGGAGCAUGGAUCCUCGCAACCCCGAACAGCAAGACGGACAACUUCCGCCACUCAUUGCGCAACUUCCGGCGCAAGCAACGACAGUGCCUACCAUCAUUCCUCAAAACCUAAUUACUGCCGGGACAAGGAAAGACUGCGUACGCCUGCGCAACUUGCCUACCAUAGCACAAGUGACAGAUAUUCUAACAUUCCUAGGCGAAUAUUCUCAGUUUAUUGUGUAUCAAGGGGUACACAUGGUCUAUACAGCUCAGGGCGAGCCAUCGGGAGAGGCAUUCAUUCAGAUGGACUCAGAAGAAGCAUCGAGCAUGACCGCCAUCAACCGACACCGACGACCUAUGACAUUUGCCAACAAGAAGCGCUUGAUUGACGUCAUACAGUGCUCUGGCGAUGACAUGAGCCUUGUUCUGACCAAUGGCAUGCCAAUGGCCACCAUUCCUCAAGCACCUGCCCAGAUGAUACAGAGGCAGAUUAUAACACCAGUAACAGCACCGACCAUCAUGCCUUCACUGGGGACGUUGCCGUAUGCCCAGUUGCCACAGCCACUGCCAGCCGCCUUUCCCCCAACGAUGACUCACAUCCCCCAGCGUCCGGCGACGUCCUUCUACCCUCCCAUCCUCUACUGGUACCCCAGCCCCCCUGUCUCCCCUCAGACUUAUCUCACCCAUACUGGCCCCUCGGUCAUCGUAAUGAGAGGCCUGCCUUAUAAUGUAACCGUCCAGGACAUUAUCAAUUACUUCCAAGGAUUCCCAGAGGUGAGUCCAGAGACGGUCCAACUCCAACACAGCGCUGACGGGAAGCCAAAUGGCGAUGCUUUGAUCACCUUCUCGUCACGUGCUGAAGGCGAAAGAGCAAUCAUCGAGAAAAACAGGCGCCAUUUGGGCAACCGCUUUAUAGAGCUUUUCAUGGCAUGACGACCACGUGAUGGGAGUCCAUGACAACAGACCUGCGCAUUAUGACUGAAAAUGGUGACAUGAAUUCUGCCCGGCCCGGCAAUCGUGCUGCUUGACGUUGUUUUAGUAAUAUUUUACGUCCCCUCCACAUGCCAAUAUGGCCGUUCUGGAAGGAAAAAACGCCAGCUUUUAGUUUACUAGACUAAAAAGGGUACUUUUAUUGUGUAAUUUGAGAGAUUUAUUGUGCUUCUGUACAGUGUCGACUGUCGCAAUGUUGGAGAAUAAGCUGAACCAGAUCUUAUUUAUUUUGUGUUGAAAUUUUAACACAUAUUUUUCUAGUUGUAAAAUAUUAAAACCACUUUUCAUAUUUAUAUACACUAUCAACCAUGCAUUCCUCAUCAUGUCGACUUGUAGACAAUGAAAAUUGUAACUAUUUAUUCGAUGUCGAUAUUACUGUUGUAUUUGUAAAAUAACGUGUUUUAUCUUGUUACUGAAUAGAUGAAUUAUAUAUACAUAUACAUUAAUUUAGAAUAUUUUAACGAGCGGUCUUCUACAGACCACUCCAGUGUUGUACAUAGAGACUUGUAUAGGAUUUGUUGUGUACAUAUUUUGAUGACGUCAUUGUUAUUUGUUAUGUCUGUUGAUGACGUCGCGUUUUGACGACGGCCUUAUUUUGUAUAAGCCCUCUGCGCAACUGGUUAUCUAGUCACUUACACGUUACCACACCCUGGCUGCAGUAGCCGCUCUCUGGCCCCUACCGUGGAUUCAUGAUAAGCUUGUUUCCGUGAUGAAACAAUUUAGUCAUUUUGUCCUGCAGUUGACUGAAUAUUCUACAUGUCCGAUCGUAUUUACCAUCUUUAAUACGUUUACCAUAUUAAAUUCCCUUCCAAAAAUAUUGCCCUAUUUUGGAAAUGUGCCUUACUUACGAAACGCCAAAAUAUCUGUGAUUUGAACCAAAUUAUUUUUCAAGGAUGGAGUUGAUGGUACAACUUCGCAAUAAAACUCUAUGCAUUUGAUGAAUAGAAACCACAUUGGCUGAGUCUCCCUCUAUCUGGACUGUCCCUAGGACCAAAGAUUAGGUAAUAUGUUCGCCAUUGCGUCAUAGAUGUGUAUAGACCAAGAGGGUUCCACUCGAAAUCAAACUUAACAGCUGCAAUUAUUUUCUAGUUAUUUGUGAUGUAUUUCAUCACAACAGUGAAUGUGCCUUUACGUCAUAUUUAUUAUUUUUUGCCAUAUUGCAAACAUAUAGAUUGAAUGUUAUAUCUCUGGCUGAUUAUUGUAGUUGUAAUGUCUGUGUAGCUGACGUGAGGUGGGGUCGAGAUGUCGGUGCUCACCUCAGUUAUUGAAGGUCGAAAAAGAACGGGAACACAUGUGGGAUAUAUCCAUAUCUUUACCAUACAUGUGGAGGCUGCAUGUUAUAUGUAUCGUAUUAAUAUUUAUUAAUAUACACACGAAGGCAACGUUUGAGGGAUACAUCAUUCUGAAACUGGGGCGGUGGGAAGCCUAGUUGUCUAAGUGUCCGCUUGUCACACCAAAGACACGGGUUCAAUUCCCCACAUAGGUACAUUGUGUGAAGCCUAUUUCUGGUGUGUCCCCGCCGUGAUAUUGCUGGAAUAUUUCUAAAAGCGGCGUUAAAUUAAACUCACUCACUCAUUCUGAAACUUGGGUUCUUGAUGUCAGUAUUAUAACGCCCACAUUGACAGUGCAACGAAACUUUCCAUUCUGGAUCUAUCCCAGCAACAUUCCAUGAGCCUUCAGUGACUGUGGUGAGCCAAUCUGGAGGUUAUGUUAUCAGUUAUUGCUUCCUCGGUUAGUGUGCACAACUCAAAUAUUUGUUACCAGCUUGCUCAAUGUUUGACUAUUUGAAAUAAGUACACGUAUCGUACUCGGAAACAAUAGAAAGUAAGUAAUGGCGAAUUGUCAAGUGCCAUUGUCUAGCCUGUCUCACCGGAAGUGCGAUCUUGCCAUGCGUCUGCCGAGGAAGCAGUUCCGGGUCACGGUUCGUAGGGUAUGGGCACUGUGAUGCAUUUUUGAAGCAAUCUCAUUUUACUGUCUGACGUCGUUGCGGGUGUUAAAACACCAACUAAAUGGCGAUAUUAUUGAGUAAGAAGUAUAAUGUUAUAGCACGGUCGUGCAGGUAGAUGUUAGAUAUGUUGGCACUCAUAGGGUGCAGUUCUUGUCUAUUGGAUCUACAUUAUUUUAAUGUGCAAUAUCAUCAUUUGUCAACAGUGCAUGCGAAAUGCGCAGGUUGCUGCGCAUUGUAUAUUUACUUGGGUUUUGUAGAUCUGUGCUUUAUUACUGACAGCAAUCACGAAUCCUGACGUCAUGGAGUCGUCACCUAGAUUUUCGUAUAUGAUUGUAUUUUUGCGGGCACCUGCCCAUCUGAUUGUACUAAGUGUAGUUAGUAAGCUGAUACUCCUGAAUAAACUCCCUUCAUACACUUGGUGGUGGUGCCGAUGCUUUUAUCAUGGUGAUGGUUCGAAACUGUCUUUACUGCUGACUCUACUCGUCAACGAAUAUGGCGUUGUCAACACUUCCUCUUCCGGGAUGAAGCAAAUAAACCCGUUUAUCCAGCCCCUCCUCCUACUAACUGUCUCCCUAAACCCCUUUGCUCAUGCGUGGGACUGGAAAGCGACUAUGAUACUCUUUCGUGACAACGUGACGUUGCUUUAACUAUAUGUAACAAAAUGAUCCGUUUUGAUCAAGCUAAAUACAAAUAUAUUCCAUCAGUCAACGAGGGAAACGUAAGUUAUGGGUGUCGCAAUAUCAUGUAUUAAUAUUAACGGUUGCUAUAGUGAUGAUUGCUAUAGCAGCAUCUCUCUCCCAGUUUUCACCUAACCCAAUGGUGGUGGGAUGUGCACGCAGCUUUCUGCGGUGAACGGGACUUAUUUCAGUGUCAACAUUGCCGAGGUGUGAGUUACGCAAAACCCUCACGUAAACUUCUAACAGAUCACUGGUUUGCUUAUAUUUGUGCUAUGUCCGUCCCAUUAACAGGUCUCCAUAUUUUUUAAUCACUCACCCCUAGCAGCCUCGUCCAGAUCACGUGAUGAUCAUGUGACGGUUUGACAUGGCUGGUCAGUGCUGCUGUUUUCAGAUGAGAGGAGAGAUACGUGCCAGAGAAACUAGUCAUAUUUAUCUGAUCUUAAUAUUUUUAAGCGAUGCCUCCAUGCCCUGUUUGGAGCUCAGGCCACUUGUCCUGGUGACAUGGCCGCCAUUAUACGCCAUCACUCAUGUCAAGAUUUUAUCUUGUCUCCUAUUUUCAUAGAUUUAUUUAGAAGUCGCCACAUUUGGCAGUUAUAAUGUAUUCUAUUCGUGUAAGUAUUGCCCUUUUAAUUUAUUUCGUGAAAUAAACGUAUCGAUCGUUAGUUAAAAUAUUGAAUAUAA